AUGAUAUUAUCACCAGCAGAAAGAUCUUACUUGUAUGAUUCUCUAACGCAGUCUACUCCUAUUAGGCCAGAUUCAAGAUCGGAUCAUCAAUUUCGUCCAUUGGAAGCAAAAACUUCAUUUUUACCUGCAUCAAAUGGAUCUGCAAGAAUAAGACUAAUGGAUGGAAGUGAAUGUAUUGUAAGCGUUAAAUCCAAGGUAGUAUUAAUAUCACAAGAAAAUAAUUUAAUAGAAUGUGAUAUAGAUGUUGCAGGUCAUAGAGAUGAUUCUAAUUUCGUUACCAAUUUAAACUUCAACUUGACAAAUUUGUUAAGUAAGAACUUUCCAUUUCAAUAUUUAAGAUUGACAUCCAAAUAUACUUUUAAGCUUUUCAUAGAUUGCAUUGUGAUAAGUCACUCAUCUUAUCCUUUAAGUUUGUUAUCAUUGACUUGCUAUUUGGCAUUGAAGACCACAAAAUUACCGUUAUUAGUCAGUGAUGUGAAUGACGAAGAGAUCGAAGAACAGCCAACUUUUUCAGACGAUUGGGAUAAUGCCCAAUUAUUAUCCACAAUGAUUAAGGAUGAGUCAUUUAGUCCUCCUAUAUUCAUUACUUUAGGUGUAAUUGGUCAGAAUUUAAUUUUUGAUCCAACGAUAGAGGAAGAACAAGUACUUGAAAAUGGUUUAAUAGUCAGCUGGCAUAACAAUAAGGUUAUUGCUCCAGUUAGCAAUAUGAAUUUAGCGGCUAAUUCUAAUAAUGCUAAUUAUAAGGGAUUGAACAAUAAGAUAAUCAUUAGAGGUAUAUCUAUGGUUAAUAAAUAUUGUGGUGCUAUUACACAUGCGUUAGAUACUUUAAUAGAGCAGGAUGACGAAAAUGAUGGAACAAUUUUUUAA